AUGCCAAACACGGGUGGAGGUGCCCGAUUAACUGCAAACAUAGGGGUAGCCCGAUUGACUACAAUUAGACAAAUGGCCAGAACUACCACUUAUCAUCAAUCUGUUACAGGUGUACAUCAAGACACUGUUACAACUACUAAUUCAAUUCCUCAACCAAUUGCUUCUUAUGAACCAACUAUAAACAAUACUAGAAGCCAUGCAAAUAUAAAUGACGAACAAUUAGCUUCAGCAAGUCAUGGUAUAUAUACAUUCCGUGCUCAAGGAUCAAUGUACCACAGUAUAGGAGGAUUUCAUCCAGAUCAGGGGGCGCGGCCACGCUUCUUGCAACUAUAUAUAUACGAUACUGAUCACAAGUUACAAAAUAGGAUGCUGGAGAACACACAACUGCAUGAAAGUUUGGUUUUGAAGCUACAAUUGUUGCACCGAUAUAAUCCUUUUAUCCAUGUAUUCCGUCAGCUUGCACAACAACUAGAUGUGCAAGAGUGUAGUUUGGUGAUCAGAGAGCGAUCUGCUAAUCAACCACAAUACAGUCUCCCAACUGCUUCACAAGUAGCAGCCAUAAUAGUCGGUGAUGAUAUUGAAACAAUGGUGCGAGGACGGGAUAUCAAGGUUCAAACUCAUGCUGGUAACCUCAGAAGGAUUCAAGAGUUUGUUGGGUAUUACGAUCCACUACAAUAUCCUCUUCUUUUUCUAUUUGGAACCCAUGGAUGGGAUAUAAAUACUCGAACUCAACGUGGAAACAAAGUAUCAUGCCGGACAUAUUAUAGCUAUAUGCUCCAGAUCCACCCCAAUGAUCACUCAACAAUUUUGCAAGCGGGGCGACUUCUUCAACAAUAUGUUGUUGACAACUAUGUGAAAAUGGAAACAGGAGAGAAUAAUGCUGAAAAUGUUGGCAGAAGAACGAUAUUACCAUCGUCGUUCGUGGGCAGUCGUCGAGACAUGACUCAAUGGUACGAGGAUGGAAUGGCUAUUGUUCUUAAAGAAGGCAAACUGGAUAUUUUUCUAACUAUGACAUGCAAUCCAUCAUGGUCAGAAAUAGCUUCGGAACUCAGUCCUACCCAAACUCCACAGGAUCGUCCGGAUCUAACAACUAGGAUUUUCAGAGCCAAGUUCGAACAAUUAAAGCAGGAUGUUAUUACCAAAGGUGUAUUGGGAAAGGUGAAAAGUUAUAUUUAUGUCACCGAAUUUCAGAAAAGAGGAUUUCCAUACGUACAUAUGUUGCUAAUCUUAGAAAACAAUGACAAGUUGAGUGAUCCUGACCAAUAUGAUAGUUUGGUCCGAACGGAAAUACCAUGUAAAGAAACAGAACCCCACUUACAUGAGGCAGUGCUAAGGCAUAUGGUCCAUGGUCCUUGUGGAACACUAAAUCAAUAUUCACCGUGCAUGAAGAAUGGUCAAUGUAAACGCAACUACCCAAAAGAGUUCGUACCAGAGACACGACGAGAGAUAUGUAGCAGUAUCAAGAGCAUAAAAUAUCUAUACAAGUAUUGCUAUAAGGGACCAGACCGUGUGGCGAUGGAGGUUCACAGAAGUUCUCAUUAUGAUGAGGUGCAACAGUUCAUUGAUGCAAGAUGGAUUGCUGCUCUAGAGGCAUGUUAG